AUGUCCCUUAACUUAGCCGGCAUCAUUUUCCUGGCAGAUCUGCCGAUCAUCGGGCAGCGGACCGCCCUCACAGGCGGCGCCACAUUCCUGGAUACGUUUGUCCUCUGUUCCGGACUGCAUCGCCAGCAGGUUGCCGCUGAUGUUCACGGCGGAGAGUACCCGGCCGUAGCUGCGAUGACGACUGGCUAUGUGUUUCGGGUCGAGAACCCAGCAACAGUCAAUUUCCUGCAGAGGGUUGGUCGCACGGGCCAGCUGACUACACUUUCCGUGACCAACAUCCACAAUUCUAAGCAAGGGUUGCUCUCUCGCUUUCUAUCCUCUAUAGACAGUUCCAUGUCAUUUGGAGCCAUCACCGCAUACCUCCUCGCGGUGGGCAGCACAGCCGUGGUCACAUCCCUUCUCAUCAUCACUGAGGACUGGUGGGGCCUCCUAGUGAUCGCCAUCUUAAUGCUUACCCGAUUCAUCAAUAUGCUCUUAAUUCAGUCUCGUAGUCGCGCCGGCUGGAGCGGAGCCUCCGAGCCGGGCGUGGUCGGAGAUCUCCUGGUUCUUCUGAGUCAGGACCGCUGGGUCCGCAUCACGGGCUACGUGGAUGACCUCAAAGCAGUGACGUCCGGAGAAUGGCUCCGUGAUAUGACUUGGGUUGAAAGCGCCAUAUCCGGCUUCACUACCUUAUUGGUUUACCUGAAUGUUGCCUUAGCGAGCAAUGCGAAGUUGUCUGGGCAAGUUCUGCUGCUGUUGCUCUUGGUUGGAACGGCCGGUCUGCUAGGACUGGUGAAUAUGUUAACACAAGGGCUCCAAAUGCAUGGGAACCUGAUCAGUGUUGAUGGUCCACGAAGAAAAUACCGCAGAAGACUAGAUCUUGCAGAGGCCUUGAUCAAAGAGACGGGGAGAGAUGAUUGGGCAGUGCGCUUGGGGAUGAUCAACCCUUCUCAGGCGUCAGGUGGAAAGGGUGGUUCGGGAGGGAAUGCUGCGUUCAAUGAGACGCUUACAAUGUGA